AUGUCAAUAUCUAAUAUCUCCGACGAAACAACGACGGAGCCACCUUCUCCUUCACCACCGCCUACCUACAAACUCUUCUCCAUUCGCUUCCUCCGCCUCCACGGCCGUGACCUCUUUGCCGCAUCAGCUAACUGGUUCCUAGUAGACGUCGUCUUCUACACAAGCAACUUCCUCCUCUCCCAUAUUUUCAGUAGCUACUCCCAUAAACCUUCUUCCUCCGCCACCACAAACGUCUACGACGCAACCUUCGAAGUGGCGAAACUAGGAGCCAUCGUCGCCGCUUGCUCCACCAUUCCCGGUUACUGGUUCACAGUUUUCUUCAUCGACAAGGUAGGUCGUGUCAGGAUCCAGAUUAUGGGGUUUUUCUUCAUGGCCGUUAUUUUUUUGGCCGCUGGGAUUCCGUACGGUUGGUAUUGGUCAAAGCAUGAGCAGACAAAGAAAGGCUUUAUGGUGCUCUACGGUUUGGUUUUCUUCUUUUGUAACUUUGGUCCCAACACUACAACUUUUAUCAUUCCCGCGGAGCUUUUCCCGGCUAGGUUUAGGUCGACUUGCCACGGGAUAUCCGGAGCCGCGGGUAAGCUUGGGGCUAUUGUGGGCACUGUUGGGUUCUUGUGGGCUACGAAGAAGGUAGAAGAUGGCGAUGAUAUGAACCAGGUUUAUCCUGAUGUGAACCGUAUGAGAACUGCUUUCUUGAUUCUUGGUGGAGUUUGUAUUGCUGGAAUGUUUGUGACGUAUUUCUUCACGAAGGAAACUAUGGGAAGAUCGUUAGAAGAGAAUGAGCACGAGCACGAACGAGAUAAGAAUGUUGAGGACGAAGAGAUUGGUGACGGGCAAUCCUUGGCAAGCACUUGA